AUUCCUCCGGAUAUCAACUGUAAAAUCUAACAUUAACCCAUUUUGGGAUCCCCAGUUUAGGGUUCUAUUAUAGUACUUUUUAGCCUACUUAUAUACCAUAGUCCAAGUCCUCAUCUAGAUUCUCACCUAAUACGAAUUUCAUAUUCCCAAGGAAUCAUUGGCACGUACAAUCUCAUGGCUCACAGUGGGGAUUUUGCUCCCCGGGUUUUAUCAUGUCUGUCUAUGCAUAAAGCAGGUCAAGUGUGACCCCACCUAAUGAGGAGAUGAUUGAAGAAUGUCGAGCAGAAAACUUGUGUCGAUGGACGAUGCCUUUCGGCUUAUUGGGCUUUUUUUAAUCGGACAAACUAUAAAAACCGAGUCUCCCUCUGUUUAACAUGCAAUUAAGGAGAAAAAAAAAAUUCGCAGUUCUCAAUAUCCCCGAGACCUAGAGAGUAGAUGAAGAAGCGAAAACGCGAAAUCGAAGAGGACUGCCGCAGCGGGAAGCGCCGCCGUAUCGAUGACGCGUCCGGCCGUUCUGAUUACUCCGAUGAGAUCGAGACUCAUAAAGGGGAACCGCUAACACCACGUGGGAAUUCGAAGUUGAAACGAAAGCGUCGUCGUGGUCCUGCCUGUUCCGAAUGUGGUCUUCCCUGUAGCAGAGCCUAUACCAGAUAUGUGAAGCCUCCUUUACCAGAGGGAUAUGGUUACCUUCCAUGGUCAAUGGGCGUGGAUAUGAAUGGUCACUACCAUGAAGAGAUUUCUGAUGAGAUUGCUUUCAUGUCUUGUGACCGUUGUGGCAAGUAUGGUGACCACUGGGAUGCCCAUUGCCCAAAUCCCAUCAAUGACCCUCCAGAACCAGAAGAAAUUGAUCCUGGUGUUCACCGUUAUUCGUGGAAGUAUGUAUUGAGGGAUUUCAAAGGGAAACCGGAACCACCACGUAGGAAGGCAGUGAAAUUGAAGGCUCCGAUGUGUGAAUAUUGUGUUCGUCUCCGAAACCAAGCCUAUGCUAGAACUGAAAAGCCUCCUUUACCGGAGGGAUAUGGUUACCUUCCUUCGUCAAUAGGUGUGUAUACGAAUGGUCACUACCAUUAAGAGAUUUCUGGAUGAGAUUGGAUUCGUGUCUUGUGACCGUUGUGGCAAGGAUGGUGACCACUGGGAUGCCCAUUGCCCAAAUCCCAUCAAUGACCCUUCAGAAUCAGAAGAAGAUUGUUCUGCUGCUCGUGGUUAUUCGUGGAAGUAUGUAUUGAGGGAUUUCAAAAAAAAUUCUUGUUAAGUCUCUAUGCAUUAUGUAGUGCACUAUGAACUCUGUAUCCGGUAAAUUAAAUUUCUAACCACUAUGAACUCUGUAUCCAGUAAACUUAAUAUGGAUGCUUGUUUGAAUUUUCAUCACUUUAGAAGUUAUUGACAAUAUGUGGUUUGUGGUAGUACAUUCUUUUUCUAGUAAGCUCAUUCACUGUUCA